AUGUCAAAAACAGCGGGAAGAAUCGUUGGAAUGAACGAAGAUGACUAUGAGUACUAUUAUCAACGAUACAGUUGUCUUCCCAAUUGUGACGAAGGAACCGGCUCCUUCCCGAUUUUUAUUCUUGGAUCAAGUAUCUUGCAGAUUGCGAUUUUUUGCGAGUACUACAAGGAUUAUUCUUCUUUUCAAGAGCUUCUCCGACUAAAGUGCGUUAUCUUUGGUGCAUUACUGUCAGGAAUCGUUAACACGAACACGCUUCUUCUUGGAUGUUCUGGCGGAGAUUACUGCUUGAUCCUCGCAAGCUUUUCUAAUAUUAUGCUCAACUUGGAUCACAUGCACUGGUUCGGCUUUCUUUUGCGUUUCCUUCCUGUAGGAAUAUAUGUUACUUUUGACGUCUAUGAGACAUACCAGCGAUACGUGAAUCAAAGUUUGGGACAAGUUAGCUACGCGGCUCAUCUUGGCGGAGCAUUUGUGGGGCUUACUUUUGGAUUUCUUACAUUGAAGAAUUUCAAACGGAAGCCAUGGGAAGACUGUGUUUGGAAGAUUUGCAUUAUUGUUUUCGCCAUUGUCACCGCCAUUCUCAUCGCAUGGAACUGCAUUUAUCCUGAGCUGAGCAUUGUUAACGAAGAGAACCAAAGAAAGGCCCUUCAAGAGCUAAGAAGCUAUUAUGACGAGCAGAAAGAAAACUUCUUCGAUGGCAGCUAA